CUCCGCUGGCUGGCUAUUGGGAAAAUUUUGCCAAGUAGUCGCCUUAUUCUUGAAAUUCGACACGUUUAUUUUAGAUUUCGUAUUAAUCGUCAAAGCGAUCCUAAACGACAGUUUUCAAUUGAUCAAACAGGUUCGUUACGAGUCGCACAAAGUCUUGAUCGUGAGGAUAUUCCAAAAUAUAAUUUGAUCGUGGAAGCUUUCGACCAAGCUGGAAAUGUUGGUCAGCAACGAAUCGAAAUUUAUCUGCAAGAUGUUAACGAUAACGCACCUGUACCAUAUACAGUACCAGAUCCUUGCGUUUUUAUGGAGAAUACGGAUCCUGCAAUGCAACCCCGUUGCGAAAUAAGAGCGUACGACCUAGAUACUAUGGAAAAUGGACCACCAUUCUACAUGGAGGUUGCACCAGACUUCAAAUAUUCGAGUUAUUUGAAUUUACAAUUCAACAAAUAUGGUGACAAUGGUAAUGGAUCGAUGACUGUUAUAGCAAAGCAGCGUUUUGAUCGUGAAGCUGAAUUCCCAGGAAAACAACUUGAAAUACCUCUAAUUUUACAGGAUAGAGGAGGAUUAAGAGUUGAACGAUCUGUUUAUAUCAUCAUUGGCGACGAGAAUGAUAAUCCGAUGAAAGAUGGUGAAAUGACAAUCUUCGUUAAUAGUUAUCGUGGUCAGCUGGCUAAAACAAUGAUUGGACGAGUUUAUGUUGAAGACAAGGAUGACUGGGAUUUGCCUGAUAAAUUAUUUACAUGGGUAACUGGCAGAUCUCUUCCAGGCUUUUCACUGGCACCUAAUGGAGAGAUAACAAUGGAUUCUAAUAUGCCUCCACGAACAUAUAAAAUGGUAGCGAACGUAACAGACAAGAGACGUGGUGAAACGGCCUUAGGCGCUGUUACUGUGAUUGUGAAGCUCGUUCCUGAAGCUGCCUUCGAGAAUCAGGGUGUUGUCCGGAUUCUUCUAGGCAUAGGUGGUUUACCAUCACCCGAUAAAUUUAUUACAACGGAUUCAACUGGUUCGAGUCCGAUGAGUCGAUUCGUUGAUAAGAUGAAUGAAUAUCUUAAUGGAAAUGCAGUUAUCGAUGUCUUUUCAAUUAAAGUAAGUGGUUAUCAAGCGAUCCUACAAACCAGUACACCAAAAGUUCUUGAUGUUCGUUUCUCGGCUCACAGUAGUCCGUACCGAAGUCCUGUUUUUCUCAAUGGUCUUGUGGCGCAAUAUCGUGCGGAUUUAGAGAAGGCUAUCGGUGCGACUAUCGUUUCAGCCGGAAUCGAUAUGUGCAAAUUUACAAUAUGCGAUAAGGGCUGCAGAACGGUCAAUUAUGCCAAUAAUAUGGGUGUAGUUGUCGCUGCUAAUCAAACUGUAAUUGUUGGUGUCAAUGCUUGGUCAAAUGAUACAUGCACGUGUCCGAUCUUUAUGCCUCCGCCAUCAUGUCGUGCAAAUUUAUGCCUCAAUUCUGGAGUUUGUCACAAUACUUACCCGGGAUUCUUUUGCGAAUGUCGUAAUAACGCAUUUCAAGGUUUUCGUUGUCAAGGAACUACGCGAUCUUUUGAUGGUCAAGGAUAUGCUUGGUUCAAACCAAUGCCAGCAUGCACCUCGUUAAAUAUAAGUCUGCACUUCAUGACUAAGCAGCCGAAUAGCCUUUUGCUAUAUAAUGGGCCAAUGGGCAGUGAUAAUUCACAAAGUCAGGUUGACUAUCGAGAUUAUUUGAUUAUACGAUUGGUAUCAGGUCGAAUUGAAGCUGAACUUAUGUUUAAUGGCGUUGCAUCAAACAUUGUGCAACUUGCUGGUUCUGAUAUGCUAAACGAUGGUAAAUGGCAUGCGGUUACGCUAAUGCAAAUUGGAAAGAUAAUCGAAUUGGUUAUUGAUGGUUUAGACGAUUCGUCGUGCCGUCGAACAGUUUUAUCCAUGGAUGAUGAUGAACGAUUGAAUGUCAUCGCUCCUUUACAAGUUGGUGGCCUAGCUCCACUGUCAGGUGGGGAUCGCUAUCCGUCAGCUGUAACUAGUCGUUCACAGAGUUUUUCUGGUUGUCUUCGAAAUUUGAUCAUAAAUGGCGAAAUGUAUGAUCUUGGUGUACCUGAUUUUGCUGAUGAAGCCCACUCACAACCUGGUUGUAUAAUGACGGAAGAAAUAUGUGGUGCUAAUGAAAUCGGAGGUGGUUAUUGUGUGCAUGGCGAAUGCAUCGCUGAUUCUAUAACAAAUAUUCCGAAAUGCCUGUGCGCACCAGGAUUCGGUGGUGAUCGAUGCGAUCAUGAAAUGAAAUGGAUUGAAUUUGGACCUGGUUCUUUUGUUGAAUAUGAUGUAAAAGUUGGUCUGGAAGAUAAGACAACAAACGUUGAUGUACUGUUUUUACCAGGUCGUGGAAACGGCGGAUCUGGUGAGUUGGGCUUUGGGAGCAGUGGAGAUAAGGUCAGUUCGAUUAAUUAUGUUCCCACUGCAAAAUUCGACCUAAAUGCGAAUUCGCUGAACAUUUCAUUAAGCAAUGUUCGUUUGGAAAGUAAUGCAUCAUACUGGAUGCAAUUCUCUCGAAAUCCCGUUCGAACUGAACUUUCGAUUGAUGGUAUGUACCACGAGAGUAUGCCAUUGGACCCUUCAAAAAUGCCGUUUGAAAUAAGCAUAUCACAGUUGUUACUGGGUGCACAAAGCAUUGGAGGUGCUCGAGGAUUUCAGGGUUGCGUUGGUUCAUUCCGUUGGCAGCAUAUCAAUUUACCCCUUUCAGAAGCAAAGGACACUGAAACGACGUCUCUUACCAAUGAUGAAUCUAUAAUAUCCAUCAAAAGGUCUAAGGGUGUCUCACUGGGUUGUUCACAGCGUACUACUUGUGCUACGGUUGGAUUCGCUUAUUGCGCUGGGUCAUUAAUUUGUGUGAAUUUCUGGAAAGGAGCAUUUUGUACCUGUCCCGAUGGUGCUCAAGUAUUACUUGGACCUGAUGGUCAACUUGUUGGAUGUGGAGAGACACUUGCUGUUAGCAGUCUUGGAAUUUCAAGUCCAGCAUUUUCUUCGCUCAUUUUUCUGCUUUUAGCUUACAAUCUCCGCAAACCUGUCAUACCGAUAGAAAAUAAUGGGAUCGGAGGAUAUGCACCCCCAAUUUAUCCUAGGCCUGCUAUUGAUGAUAAACUGAAUAAUCGGAUAAAGAAUCUGGAAUCAGAUCCAGAUGCCACUGCUCCUUAUGAUGAAUUACGAAUUUAUGACGAUGAAGGCGAUAAUAUUUCUAGAGUAACUCUCGAAUCAUUAGAAUCUGUUGAUGAUGGUCAAACUGCUGGAAAUCUCGACCAAGAAGUAAGAUUCUAUAAUGCUUAA